GCUCUCCCCUUGCUCACCAACAUUGACCGAUCCAAUCCUGUGUCGUCGAGAAUCCAAUCUCUUGCUCUGUUAUUAAAGUCCGGACAACAUGGCUGAACAUCCUUCCUUUACUCUCGCUGGUCUUUUGCCGUUAGGGGGUGUUGCUGGGUAUAUGCGGACGGGCUCAGCGCCUUCUUUGAUCGCAGGAGUUGGACUAGGAAUUUCCUAUGCGUUUUCAGGUUAUCUGAUUAAAGAAAAUAAGGACUAUGGUACCGAGCUUGCCCUGGGAAACAGUCUCGUCCUGUUAGGAGCUGGAAUCUCUAGAACCAUCAAGACCAAGGCGAAGUCACCUAUACCUAUGGCACUUGGAGCCACUGGGUUAUUAGCGUCAUACUACUACCAAAAGAAGGUCCGGGAAUUUAGGUACGGGGUCUAAAUCGUCCAACAUGGCAUCUUCGUGACCGAGGCCGCAGCAACUGGUCAUAUGUUAGGUUGAGUUUGAGAUUUUGAGUCAAACCAGCUAUCACGAAUAUGAGCUGCCUUUGUGUAUCUAAUUAGAAGUAACAUCCAUGCUACUCUUGGC